AUGCCGGACGCGGACGCCGAGGACGGUGGACCGCGCGAGGGCGCAGAGCGCGCGACGCGCGCGUCGACGUCGUCGAGACCGAGCGAACAUGAACACCUCUCGAACGCGAUUUUGGAUGAUUUCACUCGCGGCGCCGUGCCCUCGCGGUCGUCCACGCCCCCGAUCCCACCGCUCGCGCCGAGGCAGUACGAAGCGAUGCUGCGACAACAGCGCGCGUCGGGGGUGUCACCGCACGGGAUCGACGAUGACGCGGAACGAAGGAGCGCCGCGCGCGAGAACGAACCGAGCGCGCGGCGAGCGGCGAACGAGCGCGUCGAGCUGGACGCGGGCGCGAGCGCGGUGAGAGAUUUGCUCGGGUUCACCGGAUACGAGUCGUCCACGGCGACGCACACGCCGGCGGCGUCGAUCGCGGGGUUGGAGGAUGUGCGAGGCGCGAACGGAGAGGCGGAUUUGGAACAAGUCGUGGUGGGGAAACCGGCGACGGGGGUGGGUAAUUACGACAAACCUCCGGGAGAUGAGCUCGAACCCGUGAAGCCGGCGGCGACGACGGGGCGCGCCAAGGUGGGGUGGGUGCGAAUCAACGCGCAAGGGAACGUGAACAAGCUGAGCAUGGAGAAGACGAAAAUCGCGACGCUGCUCCGCGUGCCGUUGCGGGAUUUACGCGUGCUCGAACCGACCACGGCGGACUCCUACUCCGCGGCGAUGCUCUGUCGUGAGCGUGCGAUCGUGGUGAACCUGGAACAGGUGAAGAUUUUGAUCACGCACGAGGAGGUGAUCAUGACGGAUUCACAGACGAGCACGGUGACGCACUUUUUGCCCGAGCUCACGGCACGGCUCCUGCGACGAAAGAGACUUCGAGAGAGGAUGCCAAAGUCGCAGAGCAUACCGCUAAAUUUAUCGGCUGCGGACUUAUCUUCCAUGAUGGAGGGUAAGACGACGCAUCAAACGACGUCGUCGGCGAAGACGUCUCCGGAAAAGUCCAUCUCGCAGGCGACGGCGGCGGAGGAAUUUCCGUUUGAAUUCAUCGCUCUCGAAGUCGCCCUGGAGAUGGUGUGCAACUCACUCGAGGUCGAAGCGAACAAAGUCGAACUCGACUCCAAGCCCGCGCUCGAGGCUCUCCGCAAGCGCGUUGACAACGUCAAUCUCGAGCGCGUGAGAAGGAUGAAGACGAGACUGGUUCGAGUGAGCGGUCGCGUGAGCAAGGUGAGAGAAGAGAUUCAGCGUUACCUGGACGAUGACUCGGACAUGCGUGAUAUGUAUCUCACUCGUAAGGCGAAGCAGGAGCAGGAGACGCUCACGCGGGAGGAGUCGACGGACACACCAACCGGGAACGCGUCGACGCAACAAAGAUCGACCGGCGGGCGACCGCCGCUCGAGCACGCGUUGAGCAUGUCAAGCGGCGGCGGUCCCGUUCCCCGUUCCCCGUUGGGCAUCCCCACCACGGCCGAAGGGGUGCACCCGUAUUUUGAUCACUUUGACGACGACAAGGAUCUGCAAGAGCUCGAAGAUUUGCUCGAGACGUACUUCACGCACAUUGAUUCAACGCACCGCUCGCUCAACGGGUUGAACGAGUACAUCGAUGACUUGGAGGACUUGAUCGAGAUCGAACUCGACUCUCAACGUAACCGUCUGAUUCAACUAGAGCUCAUCCUGACGACCGCGACGCUGUGCUUGACGUGCUUCUCCGUCGUCGUCGGCAUCUUCGGCAUGAACAUCAAGAAUAACAUUGAGAAUCGGCACGACAUGUUUCUCGUCGUCGUUAUCGUGGGCACCAUCGCGACGCUCGUGCUCUUGGGGCUCUUGCUUCGCGUGUGCCGACACUACCGACUAUUUUAG